UUACAGCAUGUAUGGAUGCUAACAGAUUGUUCGACGCUUUUGUUGCAGCUACAAGUUUUACUAAGAUUCAGCAACUGUUCGCUCAGCUUUGCGCACUGCUGGAUAUCGACCCAUACGAUAAUUUCAAUGUGUUCAGAAGGUUGAAAACAGUACUGAACGAUUGGCGCGCACAGAAGCUAUGGUCAUUGUUAGAGAAACGAGCUGAACAAAGGGAAUAUUGUCACCAGAAAGCGUGUGAACGUUUAAGUGUACUUAUCAUUGGAGCUGGACCAUGCGGUUUGCGAUCAGCAAUCGAGUGUGCAUUACUGGGUGCUUACGUUGUGUUGGUGGAACAACGAGAUUGUUUUUCAAGAAACAAUGUCUUACAUAUUUGGCCAUUUGUUAUCCAGGAUCUCAAAAAUUUGGGAAUCAAAAUAUUUUAUCCAAAAUUUUGUCGCGGUAGUAUCGACCAUAUAAGUUGGUUUAUUGUUGUUGGUACUUAA